ACGGAAGGCUCAACUGGAAGAUGGUGAUCCUGGAGGGGGAUGCAUCGGCGGGACCCAAAUCGUCCAGCAGACUCAAUUUGUUCCUGGAAGUCCAUCCCGAAGGCAGAAAUCGCAUGACCAACUUCGGGAUGUAUCAAAAAUGGAGAACUGGCGUGCACGAACCCAUCGACCAGAGAAGGGCCAAGGCUCCGAUGAUCGAUUUGCUAUGAAGAUAUCUCCCCCACCACCGCAAGCUAGGCCUCACAAUAUGCCCUCUAUAAGGCCUCCAGAAUCGCCUCCACCGAUGGAGCCUCCAGAAGACUGGGAAGAAGAAUAUGGUGAAGUUCCGGCGCCGGCGGUACAGAGUGAUGAGGAUUAUGGUAGCGAUAUAGAUGCGGCCGAUUUCGGUAUCAUGAUAAGUGAUGAUGAGCCCGAGGUCGCUGCCGUUCGAGGACCCAAGCUUAGGCAGCCAUUGACCAGCACAGCUGCUAACUCACCACCUAUGAAGAACAUAAAUCAGGUUCUGGGGAAGCCGCACCAGAUGAAGCAUACCCAGGUAGCUCAAUUACAGGCAGGCGCUAGAAUGCAUGUUCAGAGGUCUUUGACCGUAGAUAUGAGCGAUCCAGCGAUGAGGCAUAAAUGGUCUCGUGAUGUUGCCGAUGCUCUAAGAAGGCGUUUUAAUCUUAAGGGGUUCCGGAACAACCAACUCGAAGCUAUCAAUGCAACAUUGGCUGGCGAUGAUGUCUUUGUACUUAUGCCAACUGGGGGAGGAAAGUCGCUCAUCUAUCAACUUCCGGCAAUCAUAAGAUCUGGAAAGACGCACGGUGUUACUAUCGUGGUUUCUCCACUGCUAUCGCUAAUGCAGGAUCAAGUUGACCAUCUUCAAAAGUUGAAUAUUAUGGCUUUCUUCAUCAAUGGGGAAAUUAACGAAGACCAACGCCGGCUACUCUAUGACUCCUUGUAUCAUGAGGAUGUUGAAGAGAUGGUCCAGUUGCUCUAUAUAACUCCGGAAAUGAUUGCCAAGAGCGACAAAAUGGUCAAUACACUUCUUAGCUUACAUAGAAGGGGAAAAUUGGCCAGAAUUGUGGUUGAUGAAGCUCAUUGUGUUUCCCAAUGGGGACAUGACUUCAGGCCUGAUUACAAGACCUUGGGUAACUUGAAGUCGAAGUAUCCUGGUGUUCCUUGGAUCGCCUUGACUGCAACGGCUACUGAAAAAGUACGAAUGGAUGUUCAAUUGAAUCUGGAUAUGCCACGAGCGAAGACUUUUACACAGAGUUUCAAUCGACCGAACCUGAACUACCAAGUUUCGCCCAAGACGAAGAAUGUUCUGGAUGACAUAGUCGAAAUUUGCCGACGACCCGAGUAUCUCAAUAAAACUGGAAUUAUUUACUGCCUUUCGCGCCAAAACUGCGAACAAACCGCCGAGAAACUGAGAACGCGUGGUAUACGGGCUCAACACUUUCACGCGAAACUCCAGGCGGAUGAGAAGAUCCGAUUGCAGAAGGAGUGGCAGGCGAGGAGGUUCAAUGUCAUCGUUGCUACGAUUGCAUUCGGAAUGGGAAUUGACAAGCCGGAUGUGAGAUUCGUCAUUCAUCACACGAUUCCCAAGAGUUUGGAGGGCUAUUAUCAAGAAACCGGUCGUGCUGGGAGAGAUGGUUUGCCUAGCGGGUGCUUCUUGUUCUACGCCUAUCCGGAUACCUCAACCUUGUACCGAAUGAUCAAGGAUGGAGAAGGGAGUCAUGACCAGAAACGUAGGCAGAUGGAAAUGUUGCAGAUGGUGGUGCAAUACUGUGAAAACAAGGCAGAGUGUAGACGGGUACAAGUCCUACGUUACUUUGGUGAAAGGUUCCCUGAGCAGGAGUGCCGUGGCGGUUGUGAUAACUGUGCGUCUGGGAUAGAGUACGAGACCCAGGACGUCAGCGAUUACGCGAGGGCUGCUUUGGAGAUCGUUAGUCAGACAAGCGAAAAAACUAUGCUAUUCUGCAUGGACGCAUUCAGAGGUAGUGCCAAUAAGGCGCACAAGGAUGCGGGAAGCGGGAGGAUGCAAGGGUAUGGGUUUGGGAAGAGUUGGGUGAGGAGUGAUUGUGAGAGGUUAUUUCAUCAUUUGGCUAGCGAGGGCGCAAUAAUUGAACAACAUGUCAAGAAUGGUGCCGGAUUCUAUGUUAGCCAUGUCAAGGUAAGUUCGGGUUGGGUCUAA